CCAUUUCCCUUUUGAAAUCGCGAGUUACAUAAAACCCGUCUUGGAAAGCGGGAAACUCAUCCAGUUUGAAUUUAAAAAAGCACUGAGAAAAAAGCAAAAGGAAAUCAGACCGAUUUUUCGAGAAAGAAAAGAAAAUUAGAACAUCGAAAGCAAAAAUCGAAUUUAAUUUCAUCGAAAGUAAAUCAACAAUCAACAAUCUCCCUCUCAGAAGGUUCUGAAUUUUCUGAGUUCUCUCCAUAGCCAAGCCAACUUCGCGUUGGCGCGAAAAAGAGAUGGAUUAUUAUGCGAUGAAGAGGAAGCAACUUCAAUCACUCUGUAAACAGCACGGAAUUCCUGCAAAUUUAAGGAACACUGAAAUGGCCCAUAAGCUUACUUUGCUUCUCAAGGAAGAUGAAAAACUCAGUGAGCCAGUCUGUAAAAAUUUAGAAGAAAAUGAAGGGGGAAUUGAUGCUGAGGUUGAGACAAAGAAGGUGAAGAAAGUAAAGUUCAGUCCAGAAAAUCAAACGUUUUACUUUGUGGGUACGGAUAAUGACUCAAACUCGGAUUGUGAUUACAAUCCAAAGAAAAAACAGGGGAGAAAGAGGAAGUCCAUGGUUGUUAAGAAGGUUCAGGUUUUUGAAAUUUCCAGAGGACUCGAACACUCUCACAAAAUUAUUGACUCCCCAGGUAGAGUUACAAGGUCCAGAGCACAAAAAAUGGAUGAAGGCAAUGCAGAAGCAGUUUUUUCACCUCUUCCUGGGAAGAAGAAAUUGACAAAUCGAGUGAAAAAGGUUGAUAGCUGUGAUAAGCCUCCUCCGGAGGUUGAGUUUAUUGAGAGAGUGGAUAGUAAUGCGGAACAUGCUAAUUUGAAUGGAGGGUUGAUUCAAAGGCAGUUGAGAAGCAGGGUGGUGGUGAGUGGUGAUGGUGGAAAUUCACUGGUUUUGAGGAAGAAUCUAGUGCCAAGGGGUUCAAAGAAACCCAAACAAAAUAAAGGUAGUGAUGGGGAUCUUUUAUCAACUGAGACUUACGAAGAAAAUGUCCCUGUAGAAAAAGGUAUUAAACCUGAAAAAGUCCAGAAGCAAUGUAAAGGAAAUGUCACAAAGGUUGAAGGCUCAAGUGUUCUGAGUGAAAAAUCGGGGAAAACUGAUCUUGGUGGUAGUAGGAUCACACGGUCUCGGACUCAGGUUGGAGGGAAUAGUUCUGGAGUUGAAAGUAAAACAGAUAUUCUCGAAGUUCAGGAAAAGGGACAAGAAGUGCUUCAACUUGAAGAAACCUGUAAGGGCCUAGAUAGAAAGCAUUUGAGGCGGAAGUCUGCUGUACCUCUGAAGAGGAGUCUGGAAGGUGCCAACCUUGCUAAUGAAGCUGUUGUACCUGGGAAGACCCUGAGGAGGUCAAAACGAAAUUUAGCCAGGGACAGAGACUCUGCAUGUGGGCCAUUGGCAGAAACCAAACUUGUUGGUAGGAGCGAAAAGUCUAAAACGAAGUUUAUGGGAAAACCUUCAGGCCAAGAAAAAUGUGAACUUGAAGAACCAUCAAAGGACGGGCAGAAAAUUCCUGUGUUCCAGAAGGGCAAGGAACUGGCGAAAGGUGAUACUAGAAAAAGACCAAGGAAUAUAGAUUUGGAAAGAGCUUCCAAAGUUGAGUCAAGUGUAGAAAGAAUGGAAGCAAAUGUUGCUCUCCUACCCAAUGGUCCUUUAAGGAGAUCCAGACGCAAAACUACAUUGUUUUCCUCCGCUGCUCAUGAUGAUAGGGAGUUUAGAAUUUGUGAAGCUGCUGGAACUGUGAAGCAAUCAACAGCUGCUGGAACAGUGAAGCAACCAGUUCCUGACAAGGGUGCCAAUGUGUCUCAAUCUCUAAGGCGUUCUAGUCGGAAUGCUUGUGAAAAGAUACUAACAGAAGCCACUGGGGACAUGUGUGGAAUUGCCAAUGGUGUUAAAAAGGAUGGUCUUGUGAAGCAAAUACAAGAGCCAACAUAUGAGAAGGAAAGUUCAUUAAUUGUGCAUGAUUCUUUAAAUAAAAGCCCACAAAGACGAUCCUCACGUAUUCUGUCCAAAAGUGGCUUGGUUGCACCUACAGGACGCACUGGUAUAGCUGCUGGAAAGAACAAAAAGAGUGAAUCUAGGAUGCCAAUUAUAAAGGAAAAGGUCUCGUUUGCUAAAAUCAAUUCACCCCUUGAAGAAAAUCCGAGUAUAGAUAUUAGAUUGAAUAUUCCAGAAGCUUCAGGAAAUGAGAACAAUACUGAUUCUUUCUGCAGCAAAGGUCUGGAAAGGUCAAGCAAGCAGAGGAAGGGAUCAAGCAAGCAGAGGAAAGGAUCAAGCAAGCAGAGGAAGGGAUCAAGCAAGAAGAGGGAAUCUGCUGGAAGGGGUCAGCCUGUUUAUGAUGAAGUAUCUACUGCAUAUUCUAUCAUGGAGAAGGCCAUGGACAUUUCAGGUCAUCUGAAGGACAAUCAGAUCUCAGAAUCAAUGAAGUUUCAAGGUAUAUCUACAGUGCAGAAGCCUCAGAAUGUGACAGAACCCCUGACUAACGAGAUGGAAAAUAGCAUCCCGGAUAACACUACUGCAUGUGAUAUGGAUUAUCAUUCUUAUCUGUCUUUGAACAAAGGUCAUACUGGCCAUGCUAUUGCAGUUGAACAAAACCCAGUAGAAUGUCCAGAUAAGUUCAGCAAUGUCGUUUCUUCCAAAGUUACCUGUCCAAGUGAUGGCCACUCACCUACCUAUCAACCAGACUGUGAAGGUGAAUGUUCCAACCUGUUGGACUUGAAAAAUGGAUUGGAAACAGAUGAGUCAUUAACUGUUAAAACCUCAAACCAAAGGAUUGAUGUGGUGGAUGAUCAGUUAGAAGGUGGUAGCAAAGUUAGUGUUACUGAGGUUCAAAACUUAGUUCAAUUGGAUGCUAGGGGGAUUGAUCAACCAGUACUUGUAGAACAAGUUCUUGAGGAUCAUCUAACUGAACUUGGUGAAAAUAAGGAGUCAGACAGCAAUAAUGCAAAGUCCUCUGAAUUAGUAGAAGAAAUAUGUGCUUUCAGUUCUUGUGACAGAGAAGAAACGGUUCAGGUUGAUGUAGGUUCUACUGCUGAAACUAGUGCAGAGACAGAUGGAGUCAUCCAUCUGGGUAGAAUUGUUCUCAGUGAUACUGCUGUAACUCUGUCCAAAUCUUCACUAGUAAAGGAAGCUACUGAUUCUUGCUGCAGCAAAGAAGCUGUUGAAAAAUCAAGCAAUAAGUGGGAAUCUGCUGCAAUGGGUCAGCCUGUUUGUUUUGAAGUAUCUGCUGUACAUUCAAGCAUAGAGAAAACCAUGGACAUUUCAGCUCAUCUGAAGGAAGAUCAGCUAUCAAAGUAUAAUAAUUUACAAGGUAUAUUUACAGUCCAAAACGCACAGAAUGUAAUGGAACCCGUGACUAAUGUGAUGGAAAAUGUUAUGGUAGAUAGUGGAUUGAAUGUCCCAGAGAACGCUACUGUACGUGAUAUGGAAGAUAAUUACUAUCCGUCUUUGGACAGAGGUGAUAGUGGUCAUAUUAUUGCAGUUGAACAAACCUCGGAAGAAUGUUUGGAUAAGCUCAGCAAUGUCGGUUUUUCCAGAUUGACCUGUCUAGGUGAUGGUCACUCACCUACCUGUCAACCAGGUUGUGAAGGUGAAUGUACCAACCUGUUGGACUUGAAAGGACUGGAGACAGAUGAGUCAUGGACUGUUAAGACGUCACACCAAAGAAGUGAUGUGGUGGAUGACCAGUUAGAAGACGGUAGCAAAGCUAGUGUUCCUGAGGAUCAUAACUUAGUUCAAAUGGAUGCUAGAGGGAUUAAUCAACCAGUACUAGUUGAGCCAGUUGUUGAGGAUCAUCUAACUGAACCUGAUGAGAAUAACGAGUCAGACAGAAAUACUGCGAAAUCCACUGAAGUAGUAGAAGAAACUAGCGAAGAGACAGUUGGAGAUAUCCAUCUGGAUAGAAUUGUACCCAGUGGUACUGCUGUAACCCCGCCCAAAUCUUCACUACUAAAGCAAGAAGGAGAUCAACUUGAAAAUCAAUUCAAAUCACCAGUUGAAGGCGGAAGUAUUUGUGAAAUAGAUGAGGCCUUGUUAUAUGGAAGCAAAAACCAAAAUUUAUCCUUUGAUGAGGUUGAUUAUCUGGAAGACGACACAGUGGCAGCAAGUAAAAUUGAAAGUUCUAUGGGUGCCAUCGUCGUUGAAACAGAGGCAAUAUCUCUUUCUGAUUGUGCUUUGGCAAAAAUGCAACAUAGAAAUGAGAACAUUCUUAAAGAAGUUACUUCAGAGAUGAAGAGACAUCCUUCCAUUGCUUCAGAUGACAGUAUGCACAUGGAUGGCAAUGCUGAUAUGGAUGAUAAUGUUGGAACACUGGAUGGUGGUAUGAAUUCUCUAAAUGUGAGUUCAAAAACUGAGAUAAGUUCAGACAAUAUUGGUGAUUUCUUAGUCAGAGAUGAGCUGACUGAUCUGAGUUGCUGUGAUCAUGGCAUUAUUUUGGGCAAUGCUGGUGUGAGUAAUAGCGUGGCACAAAGCAUACCUGGCUUGGCUGACACAGAUGGAAUAGUUGGAACUGAAAGUAUUACACAAGUCAAACUAUGUGCUGAUAACUCUUGUGCCAAACCUCAAAUGUAUUCAGGAAAUCUAAGUGGAUUAAAUGAGAUUGAGGGUAAAAAAAACAAUGCCAAAGAAAAGGAGAUGACCUAUGAGGAUAGAGAAGGAGAUCAACUGAAAGAUAAAUUCAAAUCACCAGUUGAAGGCAGAAAUAUUCAUGAAAGAAAUCAGGCCUUGUUACAUGGAAGCAAAAAUCAGAAUUUAUACUUCGAAGAGGUCAAUAUUUUGGAAAAGCACACAGUUGCAGCAAAUAACACUGAAAGUUCUAUGGAUGCCGUGGUGAACGAAACAGAGUCGCGGUCCCUUUCUGAUUUUUCUUUGGCAAAAAUGCGGCAUGGAAAUGAGAACAAAUCCCCAGAUCCUUCAACUAUGGUGGUGUCAGUAGACAGUAAAGUUCAAGAGAGAGCACUAAACAAUGUUAUGCAAUCUGUCCUCCUACUGGAUCAAGUGAAGUAUGGUGAUCCUGGCAUACAUAAGGAAGUAUCUUUAGAGAUGAAGAGACAUCCUUCCAUUGCUUCAGUUGAUAGUAUGCACACGGAUGGCAAUGCUGAUAUGGAUGAUAAUAUUGGAACACUGGAUGGUGGUAUAAAUUCUGUAAAUGUGAGUUCGAAAACUGAAAUUAAGUCAGAUAAUACUGAUGAUUUCUUGGUCAGAGAUGAGUUGGGUGAUCUGUGCUGCUGUGAUCAUGGGAUUAUUUUGGGCAACGCCGGUGUGAGUAAUAGAGUGUCACAAAACGAACCUGGCUUGGCUCACACAGCUAGAAUUGUUGAUACUGAAAGUAUUACACAAGUCAAUCUAUCAGCUGAUAACUUCUGUGCCAAACGUCAAAUGCAUUCAGGAGAUCUAAGUGGAUUAAAUGAAAGUGAGGGUAGAAACAAUGCGGAAGAAAAGGAGAGGACUUAUGAGAAUAGGGGUACAGUUUCUCUUUUAGAAGGAGAUCAACUUAAAGAUCAAUUCAAAUCACCAGUUGAAGGCGGAAUAAUUCGUGAAAGAGAUGAGGCCUUGUUACAUGGAAGCCAAAACCAGAAUUUAUCCCUUGAUGAGGUUGAUAUUCUGGAAAAGCAAUCGGUGGCAGCAAAUGAUAUUGGAAGUUCUAUGGAUGCUCUGGUGGACGAAACACAGUCGGGGUCUCUUUCUGAUUUUGCUUUGGCAAAAAUGCAGCUUGGAAAUGAGAACAAAUCUCCAGGUCCUUCAAAUAUGGUGUUGCCGGUAGACAGUGAAGUUCAAGAGAAAGCAUCAAAUGAAGUUAUACAAUCUGUUCUCCAACCAGAUCCAGCAAAGUGUGGUGAUCUUGAAUUACAAGGCAAUGAAUUUGGAGUGCCGGAAAGAGUCUCAGGCGUGAAGGUUGUUGAAAGUCUCAAUGUUGGCAUUAAUCGUACGAGGACCUCCCAAGAGACUGAGGAAGUAAUUGAUCUGCUUAAUCUUAAUGAUAGGGAUGUCAUUUCUGGUGACUCAAAGGAAUCCCCCGGUUUUGAAAACUUGCAUCCCAUCUCUAUGGUUAAACCUGAAACGGGUGUCGAUUGCUCUGCUGAUUCUCCAGCUACCGAUUCUAGUCAUGGUCAGUGCUUAUUGCAUCAAGGUGAAGAAGCAACUGCAGAAACUAAAGCCUUGGAGUUAAAUGCUGCCUCACCUUUAUUUAGCAGUUAUGGGAUAAAAAAACUUUUCAGCGACGACAAAAUAGAUGGAUUUUCAAAAUCAUAUCCAGACAUGUCGAAAGUCGAUUCAGUGAUUGAAGAUAGUGAGGAUGUGAAGAAAGGGAAAGAAAGUGCUGUUGGUAUUGCACAAGUUGCUGCAGGGCAACUUACUGACCAUGAGCAUAAAUCUGAGGAAGUUGUGGAGCUAAAAUCUACUCUGGAAAUGGGUAUUCAUUACCCUGUUGGUUCUCCUGUUACCAACUUUUCUAGUUGUGGGGACAUCGAAAGAGAUGAAUUUCAGAAAUUAGAUGCAGGUCUGAGUAAAGCCAGUCUGAUGAAUGAAGUUGGUGAGCAUGUGAAGGAAGGUAUAGAAAAUGACCUGGGAAUUGCUCAAGUUGUUGCCAAGCAACACAGUGAUCAUGGGCAGAGAAUGGCAGAUGAACUUCUGAAAUCCACUCAUCCUCCUGUUUCAGAUGGGAACACCUGUGUAAAUGAAGGACCAAAGGAGAAAGGAAUCAGGCCUAUCAACCAAGUGUUUGUUGAUCAUGAGGAUAUUGAUGAGGCUGGUGAUAUUGAAUAUUCUAAUGUCUGGGCAUGUACAGGGAAAUCGGUAGAUGAUUUUGAGAUGAGUGGCAGCAAUCCUGGUGCUUUUGAUGCGCCAAUUGAUGUGCCAGCAGCAAACAGUGAUCCAAAUUACUUAAUGCAAGCUCAAAGUAAUGUGAACCCUGAUGUUGAUGAUACUAAAUUUUCAGUUGAGAGUGAGAUUGUGUCAGAACAGAAUGUAACUGCAGAUCAAUGUCCCAUAUCUGCAGAUUCAGUUUUGAGAAAAGACAAUUUGGAAUCACCUUGGGUAAGGAGUUGGGAGGCAGAUUCGGACAAAAGUAUCAGUAUUUCUUUUGCGCCAAGGGAGAACAAGACAGAUAGUCUGGUCCCUAGUCCUCCAAAGAGUUUUGUCAAUACUGUUGAUAUGAAGGAAAAUUUCAGAAACACAAAGAGCGACAAAGUUUCCAACCCAGCAGUGAAAACUUUGCAACCUAGGCCGGCAUUGAAGGAUCUCCAAAAGAAGUAGACCUAUUUGUGUUGGCCAUGGAAAUACGAGUUAAAGUGACCCUUCAUUUUCAGCUGAAGCAUACCUCAUGCAGAUCUUCAAGUUUCUUUUGGUAAUUUACAGUAUUGCUUGUAAAUGAACUUGUUAAUGGUACAGUUAGUUUUGUGGGGUCCAGUGUAAGUAUGGUGUUGUAUUGGAUUGCUUAUUUUAAAUAUGAGAAUGUCUAGCGACAAAAGUUUGCAAAUGCAAAUAUGUAAAGUUUGUUAAUGUGCGUAUA